AUGAGCGACCAACCUCCUCAGCAGGGCACUGUGCCCGCGCAGGCAACAUCAGCUCCGCAGCCGCAGCCGCAGCCGCAAGGAACGCCAACGCAGCAGAACGCUCCGAAUCCUGCCUCUUCCACCGUUCCCGCCGACCAGCUCGUAUGCCAGUGGCAGAACUGUGGCGAGCGCUGCCCCACAGCCGAACAGCUCUAUGACCACGUCUGCGAACGCCAUGUCGGCCGCAAGAGCACCAACAACUUGAAUCUGACCUGCCAGUGGGGUAACUGCCGCACUACCACUGUAAAGCGCGACCACAUCACCUCGCAUAUUCGCGUCCAUGUCCCGUUGAAGCCGCACAAAUGCGACUUCUGCGGCAAGGCCUUCAAGCGCCCCCAGGAUCUCAAGAAGCACGUCAAGACUCAUGCCGAUGACUCCGUUCUACUUCGCUCUCCGGAGCCCAACCGCGGUGGUCCCCAUGGCGGCCCGGGCUAUCCAGGCCAAGGCGGCAAACUGGUCGCUGACUUGCAGGCGCUUGCCGCUACAGCGAGCGGAUACCAAUAUCCCGAAGGUGCCCUUGGUCCCAAUGGAGGCUACGGGCAACAGCACCCUGGAGGCGCUCCAGCUGGCUUCUACGGCGGUCCACCCCAGAACUCUGCCUAUGGCCCAGUUUACUAUGCCGUCAACCCGACCCAGCAGUUGAAUGGCGACUCGUAUGAGAUCCGAAAGCGCGCUGCGUACGAUGCCCUCAAUGAAUUCUUCGGUGAUGCCAAACGCCGUGCUAUUGAUCCCGCGACUUAUUACGACGUCGGCCAGAGGCUCAUGGGUCUCCAGGGCGUCCAACUCCCCGUCAUCGGAGCCUACCAGGGCGGCAUGUCCGAGUAUGGCCAUGGAGGCACUAUGGUCGCUCAGGCUGCUCAUCCUCCUAUGCAUCCUUACUCCUUGCCGCUGCCCAACCUCAGGACUAAGAGCGACCUGCUGAACAUCGAUCAAUUCUUGGAACAGCUACAGAGUACUGUUUACGAGAAUCCCAAUCAUGCGGCAGCUGCCGGCGUCCAACAGGCCGGCGCUCAUUACGUGCCGACUGGCUCAGCCUACCGCUCCAGCCAUUCGCCUCCUGGCCUCGCCACCACUCAUCCUCAAUCGUCCCAUGCUUCCGCCGUCGCUACGACCAACAGUGAAACUCCAGCCUUGACUCCGGCUUCCAGCGUCCUCUCUUACACCUCGCAGCACUCCCCAGGUUCUGGACAUUCCGGAAGCACUGUUUCGCCUACUACAAGGACGACAAUGGGUAGUAUGUAUCCUACGCUGCCCUCUGUUAGUGCCAUGUCAGACAUGUCUGCCGCCGCUCCUUCCUCCGGCCUGGCGCCUGCUUUCGAUGCUGAUGGUCGCCGGCGAUAUUCCGGUAACCUUCUUCAGAAGGCUGCUCCUGAUCGACGUGGUAGUGACCACAUGGAUAUUUCAGAUGAUGGAGCAUCGGCCAAGGAGUCUCGUCGCACUUCUGAGCAAGAAAACUUGCAUCACAACGUCAAUCAGCUAGCAAUUCACUCUCCGAAAGUGGAUCCUGCUCUGUCAAUGCGAUCUCCUAGCCAGGUCUCAUCCGCGUCUACGGAACAGCCCAACGACGCAUCGCAGCAGUCUUGGGUCGAGAAUAUCCGCACAAUCGAGAGGCUGAGAGCGUGGCUGAAGGACAGGCUUGAUGCUCAUGACUUCCAGGAAGACGAAGACAACGACGACAUGAAGCAUGAGCGCCGGAUGAGUGACGACGCACAUAACCUAUAUCCUGUCUUGCGCGCAGUACAAGAGGGAAGAGAGUAA